GUGAGUUCUCGCUCUGUCGGUUGAAGAGACAUGGAUUCGGUGCUGCUGCUGAUCAUGUUCAUGUCCCAUUAUAGUCACACACCAGCAUCUCUGCUCUAGCAGGCUUUUUUAACGUCGGUCACCUCUAAACCUACUGACAAACGGGGAUAUAUUAUAUGCUCUCUUUUUUUAUUUUCUCUCUCUUUCGGUCUCAGUCGCAAUCUCUCGAUCGCUUAUCGGUGAGAAAGAGGUAGGCAGGCUUGUUUCCCCGUGGAAGAGGGCAGCCUAUAGCGGGGGCCAAGGGCAUUUACUCCGUGGUCUCGUUGUCUGGAUGGUUUCUGAUUCUGGUGAUUUGUAUAAUAUUUAAUUUGAAUCAUGGCGACUGAUUCCCCUGCCCGGAGUCUGGAUGAGAUCGACCUGUCUGCUCUACGGGACCCAGCAGGCAUCUUUGAGCUGGUGGAGUUGGUGGGCAAUGGAACCUACGGACAGGUGUACAAGGGUCGUCAUGUCAAGACAGGGCAACUUGCGGCCAUCAAGGUCAUGGAUGUCACCGGGGAUGAGGAAGAGGAGAUUAAAGGGGAGAUCAACAUGUUGAAGAAGUACAGCCACCAUCGGAACAUUGCCACCUACUACGGUGCCUUCGUCAAGAAGAACCCUCCUGGCAUCGACGACCAGCUAUGGUUGGUGAUGGAGUUCUGUGGGGCGGGCUCAAUAACAGAUCUGAUUAAGAACACCAAGGGGAACUCACUGAAGGAGGAGUGGACUGCCUACAUCUGCAGAGAGAUCCUCAGGGGUCUAACCCAUCUCCACCAGCACAAGGUCAUCCACAGAGACAUCAAGGGUCAGAACGUCCUGCUGACGGAGAACGCAGAGGUCAAACUGGUGGACUUUGGUGUGAGCGCCCAGCUGGACCGGACGGUGGGGAAGAGGAACACCUUCAUCGGGACUCCCUAUUGGAUGGCUCCUGAGGUCAUAGCCUGCGACGAGAACCCUGAGGCCACCUACGACUUUAAGAGUGACCUGUGGUCUCUGGGUAUAACAGCUAUAGAAAUGGCAGAAGGAGCCCCUCCGUUGUGUGACAUGCACCCAAUGAGAGCCCUCUUCCUGAUCCCACGAAACCCCGCCCCCAGACUCAAGUCCAAGAAGUGGUCUAAGAAGUUCCAGUCCUUCAUUGAGAGUUGCUUGGUGAAGAGUCAUGGUCAGAGACCCAGCACAGAGCAGCUGUUGAAGCACCCCUUCAUCAGAGAGCUGCCCAACGAACGACAGAUCCGCAUCCAACUGAAGGACCACAUCGACAGAACCAAGAAGAAACGUGGAGAGAGGGAUGAGACAGAAUAUGAGUACAGCGGGAGUGAAGAGGAGGAAGAGGAGCGAGACGUGGGGGAGCCAAGCUCAAUCAUUAACAUCCCUGGUGAGUCGACGUUAAGGCGGGACUUCCUGCGUCUGCAGCUGGCCAAUAAGGAACGCUCUGAGGCUCUGAGGCGCCAGCAGUUGGAACAACAGCAGAACGAGGAACACAAGCGCCUCCUACUGGCCGAACGACAGAAACGCAUAGAGGAGCAGAAAGAGCAGAGGAGGAGACUGGAGGAGCAACAGUGCAGGGAGCGUGAGUUGAGGAAGCAGCAGGAGAGAGAACAGAGGAGGCGCUAUGAGGAGAUGGAACAACUACGGAGAGAUGAGGAGAGGAGGCACGCGGAGAGAGAACAGGAGUAUAUCCGUAGACAGCUGGAGGAGGAACAGAGACAGUUAGAGAUCCUACAGCAACAGCUUCUACAGGAGCAGGCUCUACUGCUGGAGUAUAAGCGUAAGCAGAUUGAGGAACAACAUCAAGCCGAGAGACUACAGAGACAGUUACAACAGGAGAGAGCCUACCUGGUGUCUCUACAACAGCAGCAACAACAACAAAACCAAGAUGGCCGACCAGGCGAGAAGAAACCUCUGUAUCACUAUAAAGACUCAGCUAGUCCUACUGACAAACCUGCAUGGGCUAAAGAGGUCUUGAAGCAGCAGCCACACCCCCAGAUCAUCUCACCCCGCCCUUUCCUCAGACAAAGUCACUCCUUCAACCAACCUUCAUCCCCCAUUCCCUCCCACGCCAACCUCCCUCGCCGAGCCCCCUCCGACCCCACCCCUCCCCCUCACAUCCGUAUCUCCCUGGAGACCAGGGAUCUAGUAGAUCCUGUUCUGAAACAGGAGAUCAGCCAGCAGGUUAGAGAGAUGAGAGCUCAGAAAGCCGAUCAGAGGGUGGUCAGACAGAAAGAAAGAGGACGCAAUACCGGAGCCAACCACCAGGGGGUACCACACAACAAGGGGAGGCCAAAAGGGCCUAGCGAAGCCGGUCAGAAGGCUGGUCAGCAAGACCGAGGACGCAGUCCCAGACCUAAACACCCAGGGCCACAACACAACCCCAACCAGGGGCUAAAGCAUAAUGGGAAGGGGCAACAGGCUGGCUUUAACCGAGGCCCCAGCCCUAACCCCAAACCCAACCAAGCCCCAAAAGAGAGCCCCAUCUCUAAUCCCCAAGCCCCUAAACAAGAGGCCCUCAAUGGGCCAGCCUGGGCACCCAGCUCCAGCCCCAACCAGGGACAUAACCUGGGGGUGAAAGACCAGGGGCAGAUAUGGGUCAGUGGCCGUAGUGGCAGCUCCAUCUCCCCCUGUCGUAGAAUAGACAUAGAAGUAAAUGACAUAGAUGUAGAAAUAGACUCCUCUUCCUCCUCUCAUUCUAAUUCUUCUUUCCUCUACCCCUCUCCUGAUCAUGAUCUUAGAGGCAGCUCUCUGUUUCCCUGUCGUAUACUAGAUGUAGAAAUAGAUGAACUAGAUAUAGAAAUGGAGGAACUAGAAAAGAGGGAGUUGGAUUGUUGGAGGUAUAGAGAGGAGGAGAGGGAAAGGGGUAGAGAGGGAGGUGUGGGGGGUUUGAGGAUGGCUUCCAGCCAUGAGAGUCUGUUGGGAUCCUAUGGGGGUCAUACGAAUUCUGACCUCUACCCCCGACCCCUAACCCCUGACCUCUCAGCCUCUGCACCGGCAGGCCGGCUACGCCCUUUCCUGUCCUCCAAUCAAAAUCACUUCCUGGCUCCUGAAUCCUCCAAGCAGAGUCCGUUCCUCCAAGUCCCCGGCUGGGCACCUCCCCCUCUGAACAGAGUGAAGUCAGAGGUGGAGGAGCGGUCCAAGCUGAACAGACAGAGUUCUCCAGCGCUGCAGCAUAAGGCCGUCUCCAGCCGGGUCUCUGAGGCCUCCCUGCCUCCUCGCUCCGAGUCCUUCAGCACUGCAGGGAUGCAGCCGGCCCGCACCCCACCAACACACCGCCCAGUUGAACCACAGAUGGCCCACCUGAUUCCAGUGAAGACCAUGACAGGCUCUCAGUCUCUGCAGGAGAGCAGAGGGGGAGAGGCAGGAGGGAUGGGGAGGAGAGGGGAGGAGGGGGGAGGCAUGCCCCCCCGCCAGAACUCUGACCCCACCUCUGACUCGAACCCCGCCCCUCCACCUCGUACCACUAGCCGGGAGGACGAUGAGCUUCCCCCUAAGGUCCCUCAGAGAACCACCUCCAUCUCCCCAGCACUGAUGAGGAAAAACUCCCCCAACGCACAGGGACUCAUACGAGACAGUCAUCCAGACCUGAGAGCUUCAGAGUUGUGUCUCGAUACUGCUCUACAGAGGUCCUCUCACUCCUCCUCCUCAUCCUCACCUUCAUCACAGAGAGGUCCACCAGUCCAGGAGACCUCCCCCCCAGCAGAAGCCACUCAGGAGGUCAGGAUCAGACCGGAGGAGGGGCGAGACUCAGGCAGACCCAGCAGACCUGCCAGCUAUAAGAAAGCCAUAGAUGAGGACCUAAGUGCGCUGGCUAAGGAGCUGAGAGAUUUGAGGGUAGAGGAGGGCAGUAGACCUCCAGUGAAGGUGAGAAAGGUGACGGACUACUCAUCCUCGAGUGAGGAGCGGUCAGAGAGCAGCGACGAGGACGGAGAGACGGGGCAAGAUGGGACUGUGGCCGUCAUGCCACAGCAGGGUGAAGCAUAUGAAGGUUUGACUGAAGAACCUCUGGCAGGCUCCUUCAACACAACACAGGAGAGCACUCUGAUCAUGACAGAGGCGGAGGAGAGGAGGAGGGCAGCAGGCCAUGGUGAGAGCAACGGGUUCCAUAGCAACCAUCACGGCAGCAGUAACCACGGCAAUCUCCCUGACCUGGUCCAGCAGAGCUCCUCCUCUUCACCCUCAACCCUGGAUGCACUGAAAGAGCAAUUUGGAUCUAAAGCCUCCAGCCCAUUCGGUGACCCACGGUCCUAUCAGACCUCCCCUACUGAAGAUGAGGAAGAGAGCUCAGCUGGUCUGUUCACCAGUGAGUUGCUGCAUCAGGAGCAGGCCAGACUAGCCGAGGCCAGAAAGAUCAGCGUGGUCAACGUCAACCCAACCAACAUACGACCUCACAGUGACACGCCUGAGAUACGCAAAUACAAGAAGCGCUUCAACUCUGAGAUACUGUGUGCUGCUCUCUGGGGUGUGAACCUGCUGGUGGGGACAGAGAAUGGUUUGAUGUUGCUUGACCGUAGCGGUCAGGGGAAGGUCUAUAACCUGAUAACCAGGAGACGCUUCCUACAGAUGGACGUCCUGGAGGGACUUAAUGUCCUGGUUACUAUAUCAGGGAAGAAGAAUAAGCUGCGUGUGUACUACCUGUCCUGGCUGAGGAACAGGAUACUCCACAAUGACCCAGAGGUGGAGAAGAAGCAGGGCUGGGUCACUGUAGGAGAGCUGGAGGGCUGCGUACACUACAAAGUCGUAAAGUACGAGAGGAUCAAGUUCCUGGUGAUCGCUCAGAAGAACGCAGUGGAGAUCUAUGCCUGGGCCCCCAAACCCUACCACAAGUUCAUGGCCUUCAAGUCGUUCACUGACCUGCAGCACCGCCCCCAGCUGGUUGACCUGACGGUGGAGGAGGGGCAGAGGUUAAAGGUCAUCUACGGCUCCAGCCUGGGCUUCCAUGUCAUCGACGUCGACUCUGGCAACCCUUACGACAUCUACGUCCCCUCACACAUUCAGACCCAGGUGACUCCCCAUGCCAUCGUGAUUCUUCCUAAGACAGACGGGAUGGAGAUGUUGUUGUGUUAUGAAGAUGAGGGAGUCUACGUCAAUACCUAUGGACGCAUCACUAAAGACGUCGUGCUGCAGUGGGGAGAGAUGCCUACUUCUGUUGCCUAUAUCCACUCUAGCCAGAUCAUGGGCUGGGGGGAGAAGGCCAUAGAGAUCAGGUCUGUGGAGACAGGACACCUGGACGGGGUCUUCAUGCACAAGAGAGCCCAGAGACUCAAGUUCCUGUGUGAGAGGAAUGACAAGGUGUUCUUUGCAUCGGUGAGGUCUGGAGGCAGCAGUCAGGUCUUCUUCAUGACCCUCAACCGUAGCUCCAUGAUGAACUGGUGAAACUAACUCCUCCCACCAUCUUCCUAUUGGAAUGCUCAGCUGUCGAUCACGGGCCAACUCUAAUUUCAGACGCCAAUUAAAACAAUGGACCAAGAGAAUCAAAUCGCACCCUGAACCCUGAAAGUCCAACACUGAAUCUAACUGAGAGAAUCAAACGCUGAAUGAAUCGAACGCUGAGGGAAUCAAAUAUCAAAUCAGUGUGAAAGAAUUGAAGUGUAAAUGAAUCAGGCUCUGAGAGAAUCAAACUUGAAGACAGUGAAACACUGAGAGACUACAACACUGUAACAGACUUAAAGGACUAUAAAGAAUGAAAUAAUAAAGAGAUACAUGACUAUUAUGAAGAGGAGUCUGAAGGUAGAGGAGUGUUUAGAUAAAGGGGGCGCUGGUUUCCCGGUUUUCCAAGAUCUCGACUACCGUCUGUGGAGACGAACCGGAACUUCCGGAUCCUAAUCUUUCUUUCUCUCCUCCACUUCAUCCUUCACUUCCCCCCUCUCUCCACCACUCCACCCCUCUUCUCUAAAAUAUUGGCUAUGUCCCUUUAAAACAAAAUCCCCGCCUCUGUCUCCCUCCUCUUCUCCUCCUGUCCCUCUGUCUCCCUCUUCUCCUCCUGUCCCUCUAUCCACUCUGAAGUCUUUCAAUUCUCAAGGUGCUGCAUCAGAUUAACUGUUAAAACAAAACAAGAAUAACAACAUUCUGCUGUUUACUAGAAAUAUGCUUUCAUUCUGUCUUUUAAAUAACACAUUGUUCAAGUUUUGUUUCUUGUUUCUUUAGGUACUUUAAAAUGACUUUUGAAUUGUAAUGUGAAGAACUUGAUAACUUGCACAGCACACUGCUAGUUUCUGCCGUUCAGUUUGUGUGUUUUAUGUUAUGCUGAAAUGCCAGAGUAAAACCUGAUUCAACUGAGAAUCAUUUGAGAAUUGUCUGAGAAUGAACCACUCUGUGUCUGUCUGUCUGUCUUAUCUGUCUCUGUGUGUAAAGAAUUAUUGUGUAAAGCUGUCUCCCACCUGAUUGGUCUGGUCUGAUUGUGACUCCUUCCUGUUUGUACGGUGCCAAGCAUGAUGAAGCCAUCUGAUUUAUCUACUGUUGUUUUGUUCACUCUUUCUGUUGGUUUACCAUUUUAUAUUAACUAUUUCAUAGCAUCUUAUGUCCUUAGAUUGAACAUUAUCAUUUUAUCUUAAACAAAACUUAAUUUAUAAAAAAAUUAAAUAAUGUUUGACAUUUUAUUAAAUACAUUUGCAUUUCUGAAAACAAAGACGAGAACAUCUGAAGCUGUUUUCUUUAAUGCUUUUAAGCCAUGCUGUAGAACUCCAUUACCCAGAAUGCAACAGUUCUGUGAGGUAUGCGUGUGUGGGUCAUGUAUGUAUAUUUAGUGACUGCAAACACAUUCAUCAAAGAAAUAUUACAUUCACCGAGACCCACUCCCUCAAAUUACAAACAAGUGCAGGGGAAACCCUUUUGUCCGGGAAAUUAAACUUCCAGACUGCUCCUUUAAAUGUCAUGCUUAAGUUACUGCUUAAGUUACUGUUAUGGAGACAGGUUGCUUUUUAGAAUGUUAGCAAUAAAGAGUUGUGUGUGUGUGUGUGUGUGUGUGUGUGUGUGAUACACCUCUAUCUGGUGAACAGGCUGCUGAUCACUACUUUUGGACUCUUUAAAAUAAAAACUCUAGACCUCUUUGUUUCUGAAUGACAAACUCAUCACUAAUGUUUUGGUUUCUAUGUUUUGUAAAACAGUCAAAUAAAUGAUACUAGAACAUU